AUGGCUGGGCGUAAACCAAGGUGGGAUCCUGAAGACAAGAGUUACGAUGCUGCUGCCUGUGGUCUAAGUCAAAUACCUGAUGAGAUUUUAAGAGAGCCAUUACGUCAUCAAGUUAGAGUGAUAGAGCUGCGUGAAAAUCAAAUAGAAGAUUUACCUCCAAAUAUCGGGACUUUAUGGCCAGAAUUGAGAGCACUGUCGUUGUGGAACAACAAACUGAGAUAUAUUCCGGAGUCAGUCGGUGAUCUAAAAAAGUUAGAAUACCUGCACGUGUAUGGCAACCCAUUAGAACGUCUUCCUGCGUCGCUGACAAGACUUACAAAUUUGAAGACGUUUAUCUGUGACCGAAUUAAAGGAGUGUUAUCAGAAGAUGUGAGGAUUCUGAACAACCCAACGAAAAUCAGGAAACUAUGGGAUGAAUUGUUUCCACAGAAAACUGGUAUGUAA